GUGUUCUGGUACCUCACUCCAUCCCCAGGAGCGUGCCUGCAGACUGCAGGUACACGUGCCACCAGGAAUGCGUCAGCCCCAUUCCGCUGGCUCGCCGCCGGCCCAGCCAGUGCCAGAGCCAGCUCUCACCCGAGAGCACCCUCCUGCCGCCCUGCACCCAGAAUGUAACACAAACAGUAGAAGAAGAGAAACCGGAGCCCCCGACCAUCCAGGAGAUCAAACAGAGGAUUGAGAAGUACAAUGCGAAAGUUACAAACUGCCUAUUGAUGAAGCUGAACGAGGAUGGUACCUACACGGGAUUCAUCAAAGUGCAUUUGAAGCUGCGGCGCCCUGUGACGGUGCCGGCGGGGAUCCGGCCACAGUCCAUCUACGAUGCCCUCAAGGAGGUGAACCUGGCUGACAUGACGGACAAGAGAACCUCCUUCUACCUGCCGCUGGAUGCCAUCAAGCAGCUGCACAUCAGCAGCACGACCACGGUGAGCGAGGUGAUCCAGGGGCUCCUCAAGAAAUUCAUGGUGGUGGAUAACCCCCAGAAGUUUGCACUUUUCAAGGAGAUGCGGAAAGAUGGGCAAGUGCUCUUCCAGAAGCUCCCUCUCACCGAGUACCCCCUGUACCUCCGGCUCCUGGCGGGUCCUGACACAGAUGUGCUCAGUUUUGUGCUGAAGGAAAAUGAAACGGGGGAAGUCGAGUGGGAUGCGUUCUCCAUCCCAGAGCUUCAGAACUUCUUGAUGAUACUGGACAAAGAAGAAAAGGACAAAAUCCAGCAAGUGCAAAAGAAGUAUGAGAAGUUUAAACAGAGACUGCAACAGACCUUGAAAGAAGCCAGAGGCAAGCCUGGAUAA